UGUGAUUUUAGUAACAGUAAUGAGAAACAUAAGUUUGAAAAUGAAUGAAAUGGUACUUCAAAAAAAGCUGGAUUCGAACGGUUUACAUUGUGCAAUGCAACUGCCAUUGCGAAUUGCACAGGUAUUUGGAUUUUUUCCUAUUUAUGUGGGCGGCUCCAAUUACAGAUCUUUAAAAAUUAAGUGGUUGUAUUGGAGGAUGUUUUAUUCAUUUAUUACAAUAGUAACAUUUGCAUUAGUUACUGCAGGGACUAUUUGGAGACAAAUACCAGAAAAAAAGAAUAUUUUAACCAUUGAUAGUAUGAUUUUCGCUGCUAAUUCUUUUGUAAGUGGCGUUUUGUUAUUAAAACUUACAAUGCAAUGGCCAGAUUUUGUAAAGGAGUGGUACAUCAUCGAAUCAAGAAUGGUAACAAAUGAAAUGAAUGGAAAUUUAAAAAAGCAACUCAAUACAAUAGCUGUAACUGUCAUGAUAGUAGCCACAGUGGAACAUUAUUUAAUAAACGCUUUCGUAUUGAAAACAUCUAUGGAAGCUGCACCAACCGUUUCUCAAGGGAUGAGAAAUUAUUUCAACACAAGUUAUGGGGCUGUUCUUGCUUAUUUCGAAUAUUCUUUUUGGAAAGGUUUAAUUUUCGAGAUGGCGUUUAUAUGGAAUUUUGCAGAUGUUAUUAUAAUGAUUGUAGGAUCAGCACUAAAAUUUAGGUUAAAACAAGUUUCAAUGAGAAUUAAGUCUUUAAACAAAAUGACUACAUCAAAUAUACAAAUAUGGAGAUCUUUAAGAAAAGAUUACCUUCGAAUUGUAGCUCUUUGUCAAUCAACCAACAAAAAACUGUCUUUUUUAAUACUAAUCAGUUUCUUGGUGAACCUCUAUUUUAUACUAAAACAAAUAUUUAGGAGCUUGACAAAGUUGAAAACUGCAAUAGAACAAGCAUAUUUUUAUAUAUCGUUCAUUUUACUGCUUUUAAGAAUAUCCUUGGUUAUCAUUUUUGGCAGUGGUGUACACGAAGAAUGGAAGGAUAUUUGCUUUUUUCUACAAUCUGUCCAGAGCUCAUCUUAUAACGAAGAAGUAGAGCGAUUUAUUAAAAACGUAGCAACAUAUGAAUUGGUGCUAUCUGGAAAAAAUUUCUUCAGUAUUAGACGGAGUUUAAUUCUACAGGUAAGUAUAUAA